AUGGCUAGUCAAGCUCCAUUGAGUUCUGCCAUGGAAGAUGUAUCUUGCAUUAUUCCUCCUCCUGACAUCUCUCUCGAGUCAAUUGGCUCGGCACCUAGCCGCGGGCGAUUGCUAGGCAAACGCCUACUCGUUGUUGGCGGUGGUCAGUCCGAGAACAGCUUCGAUAUCAACCCACCAGUAGGCAACGGGCGAGCCAUUUGCAUUCUCGCCGCAAGGGAGGGUGCCAGUGUAGUUGUUGCCGAUCGUUCUGAUUUCGCUGCCCAGGCGACGGUUGAUAUCAUCUUGAAAGAAGGUAAAGGUCAUGCCCAGAAGUUGAUCGGGGAUGCAUCUACCCCGGAAGGUUGUGCCCAAAUCAUUCACGAUGUAUUGGCCAGCGAUGGGGAUGUCCUGGAUGGCUUGGUGAUCGUUGUCGGAGUGGUGGGAGAUGGGGAAAGUGUGAAACCGACAGCCAUUGCAAGGUCAAGGUAUUGGGACCGAGUGAUGAACCUCAAUCUGCGCGCACAUUACUUGCUCAUGCAUGAAGCCGCCCCCCAUAUUCAAAAGCGACCCGGUGGUGGCUCUGUAGUCUCGAUCAGCUCGAUCUCACAGUUCUUAGCUGCAUCAAACGAGCCGGCUUACACUGCUUCCAAAGCCGGAUUGUCCAUGUUGGUGAAAAACUCUGCCUGGCAAUUUGCUCCCAGAGUGCGCUUCAACACCGUUGUCCCAGGUCUCAUUGACACCCCCAUGGGCCGCAAGGCUGGGAUGAACAUCCAAGGCCGCAAUGCUAGUGCAGUACCACUCUCACGACAAGGAUCUGGAUGGGACAUUGCUUAUGCAGUUAUUUGGCUGUUGAGUGGCGAGAGCUCCUAUGUGACUGCACAAGAUAUUGUUGUUGAUGGUGGCCGAGUGGGCCUUCACCGGGGGGCUAAAGUGCCUAAUGGGAACACGACAGUCUCCUAA